UCGAUCUUUUUCGCAUUGCGUCGAUAACAAGCCAUAUGGCAACACUGGUGGAAUAAUAAAAAUAUAUAUAUUAAACAAAAUAAAAUGAGCUCAAACCACCGUCCUCUGGACGAUUCGGAUAUCCUCCUAAUACAAACCAUCCGCGAUACGCCGUCGCUGUACGAUCCCCAGCUGCCCUCCUUCCGGCUGUCGCAGCGCAAGGAGGAGGACUGGGCUAAAGUGGCGGAUUUGCUAAACAUCUCCAUUUCAGACGCUCGACGACGGUGGACGUGUCUGCGGGAUCGCUACUCGCGGGAGCUCAAGCAGAAGCGCCUGCAUCCGUCUGGCGAAUUUGGCCACAAUGACUUCUUUCGGAAGAUGGAUUUCUUACGAGAAUUUGUGCGCAAGAGGCGCGAGCGCCGAGGACGCGAACGUGAUCGGGAACAGAAGCCAACCGGGUGGAUGAAGGUUGAGUUACAGCGUCGGCGUCGCAUCCGCCUGCCCCUGGACACAGACACCUUGAUCGAGGAGCAUGGUUCGCACGCUUACGACGAGGGCGAGGAGCAACACGAAUACGAUGCCAAGCUGGAGUCUCAUACCACGCAGUCCGAGACGUAUUCGGUCCUCGUGGAGGCGGACGAUGGCCAGGAGCCCGAACAGGAAAGCUACGACGAGUUUCUGGGCGAUACAGAGUGCGAGGAGAAGGUCAAAGUGGUCACAAUUCAUCCGGAAUCCGCUGUUCCAAAGGUGACAUCCGCACCCGAACCUGUGGAGUCUAGCCAGGCGGAUCUGAACUACUUGGUCUGUAUGCCGCCCAAUGUGAAUCAGGAGCGAGAGCAUUCCGCCCCAGAAUUAACCAAUCCGCCGGCCGUCAUCCCUCAAAAAACCUCCGAAACGGAGGACGACUUCUUUUGCAAAUCAAUCGCCGCCUACUUGCGUCAACUGUCGCGCGUGCACAAGAUCAAGGCCAAGGUGGAGAUGUACCAGAUUCUGGAGAAGUACAUACUGCUCGAGGAGAGCGGAACGGGGUCGGGUGCGGGCGGAUCGGGCUAAGCAGGUUACAUACAAUAUGUGUACAUAGGUUUUAACAUAGUUUUUUAAUGCAGUACAAAUAUACAAAGUGACGAAAA